UACAGAAAGCAAAGGCUGGAGGAGGAGACACCUGCAGAAGAAGGGGCAGGGACUGGAGGCCUCGGCUAAAGAAGGAAACAAACAGCCAAUAAGAGGAGACUGCACUCUGCUCUGCUGGGCUGGGACAACAGGAGGUCAGGUAUUUCCGAAUGGCUAGUACACCCCAGGACUGUUGGUAAGACUCGCUGAUGGGAUCCCGGGACCACCUGAAGAUGCUGCCCAGGCUCCUUGUUUUCUCUGCUCUCGGUCUCCUGGUGUGCGGCAGUCCUACCAUAGUUUCCCGGAAAGAGUGGGGGGCGAGCUCCCUCACCUGCAGUGUGCCGCUGAGCCUGCCCGUGGCCUACCUCAUCACAGAGCAGCUCAGCAGGAUGAAGUGCCGAGAUCAGGCCAGCUGCAGCCGAAUGGUGCGAGUCCUACAGUCCCAUUCCAUCUAUAACAAAGGCUGGUGUGAUGUGGCCUUCAACUUCCUGGUUGGGGACGAUGGCAAUGUGUAUGAAGGUGUCGGUUGGCAUGUCCAAGGCUUGCAUGCUCCAGGCUACAGUAAUGUCUCCCUGGGCAUUGCCUUCUUCGGCAGUAAAAUAGGCAACAGCCCCACUCCUGCCGCUUUAUCAGCUGCAGAGGACCUGAUCAACCAUGCCGUCCAGAAUGGCUACCUGUCACCCCAGUACAUCCAGCCACUGCUCUUAAAAGAAGAAACCUGCUUGAUUCCUCAACAUUCAGAGAUGCCCAAGAAAGCAUGCCCCAGUAUCACCCCACGGUCUGCGUGGGAAGCCAGAGAGACACACUGCUCUCAGAUGAACCUGCCAGCCAAAUUCGUCAUCAUCAUCCACACCGCGGGGAGAAGCUGCAAUGAGUCCGUGGACUGCUUGACUCGUGUCAGAGACAUACAGUCUUUUCACAUAGACCAUCAAGACUUCUGUGACAUUGCAUAUCACUUUCUAGUGGGCCAGGAUGGUGGAGUGUAUGAAGGAGUUGGCUGGAAUAUCGAAGGCUCUCACACCUAUGGAUACAAUGACAUUGCUUUAGGAAUUGCCUUCAUGGGAAACUUUGUAGAACAGCCACCAAAUGCAGCUGCCCUGAAAGCUGCCCAGGACUUGAUCCAGUGUGCUGUGGCAGAGGGGUACCUGAUUCCCGACUAUCUGCUAAUGGGCCACAGUGAUGUGUCCAACAUCCUGUCCCCUGGACAGGCACUGUAUGACAUCAUCAGGAAAUGGCCUCACUUCAAGCACUAAGAGAGGCCUCAAUCCCAUCUGAGGAUGCUCUUGGUCCUGAUGGGUACCCGUCCUUACCUCCCACCUUGGCUCGGCACCUCUGUCACGUCCUCUUUUCACUGUUUCUCUUAGUUUCCCCUUCUUGCAUCGCAAUUACAGCAUCUUCUCUUAUUCACAUCCUCUAAUGUCUCCCAAGCUUUGCACUUACGUUCUCAGGGUCUGGGUGCUGCUUCCUCUGUUCAACUUCCUCUCCAAAGGACGCCCACCUGCUCAGCCAGUGAGGCUCUUUCCCUUGUUAUCUGUCCCUUGUCUUGUAUGCAGUCAUCUAUGGUCUGUCUGGCAGCUCCAAUGCUCAUCCAUAGCCCAGCCCUCCUGCACAUACCCGACUUGUACAUGUUUGAAUACGCAUUGAAGGACUGAGAUUCCCCUCAGACAUAUCUAUUUUCCCCUGAGUUGUCGUAUUUUCCAGGACAGCAGCUGACAUUUCUUUGUCACUACAUAUCCCACGACAGUUCCUGAGCUGAGACUGAUACAUUGCAUGCUACAGAUGUUAGAUGUAAAAACAAACAAAAAACACAAAAAACCUGGAUGAAAGAGCUGAUCCCAGUCCCUUCCCGCCUGCCCACUUUCUUCAUCACUGCCCUGCUCGACAGGUCCAGCAGUCUACUGGCCCCUCCAGGAGACACAAGCUGGCUGCGGUCUCCUGUCUCCAGUCUUCUAUGCCUUGUCCACAAAGUACUUCAAAGACCAACCAAGC